GAACGAACCGACUCUUUCAUUAAAGCGAUUCGGAGGCUCGUCUAGGGCGGCUAGGGUGUUUGUUGAUCUUCUUUCUCUCGGACUGUGAGUGGGGGAUGUGCGUUGAGAGAAGGCGGAUCUCUGAGGCACCAAUCCACGGCGUUCCUUUGGUGGUUUAAAGAGCUCUUUGUGUCAAUCACGCAUUUUUUUCGUUCUCUAUCCCCCUUCAUCGCCAUAUUGGGCGCAGAAAAGCCUCGCCUUGUUAUUUCUCUUCCCCUCUUUUACUACGACGCGCAGUUGACAGGAGUGGCCAUCGAGAACGCCUGCUUUUGUUUUGAUGAUCGUCGCUUGUCCGUGUUUCUCGCUCAUGCGGCGCAACCGGGGCGAGUUUAGCCUUAACGCCCGUCGCUUUGGAUCGCGUUGACGCUUUAUAACAGCUGUUGGCUUUGCGUUUUCGCCUCGAAAUGUCCAACGUUCGCUUGUCUAACGGCAGCCCGACGCUGGAGCGAAUGGAGGCGCGAGUGUCCGAUCAACCCAAACCAUCGGCGUGUCGGAACCUGUUCGGUCCGGUGGACCAUGAAGAGUUAAAGAAGGAUUUCCAGCGGCAUUUGAAGGCGAUGGAGGACGCGUCGACGGACGCGUGGAACUUCGACUUCUCCACGCACACGCCGCGCGCCGACGGCAGAUUCCAGUGGGAAGCGUUGGAUAUUCGCUCGGUUCCCGGUUUCUACAGCAGAUCCGAGAGAGGGAAGGGCUCCAAUCUUCAUAUGUGCUCCUCUGGGAAUAAUAACGACAAUAAUGUGGAUGUUAACGGGAAUCACGAGUGUCGGGUAACGGAGGAGACGCCCGAGACACCCCGAGAGCCGCGGAAAAGACCCUCGUGUCUCGACUCCUCGUGUCAAAGCAAACACUCUCACAUCUGUGUGGACGAAGUGACCCGAACGCCCAGAAAACCCAAAAAGCCCAGAAAACACCCCAACCCGACGACACCCACAUAAAAACAAGAUGUCGUCCGCCGUUUGAUGACCUCAGUGCUUGCUUGGUGAACGAAAGAUUUUUUUCAAGCACUGAAACAGAAACACUAAAGUUCUGGCACUCAAGAAAAAAAAAAAAGCAACUGCGUCUGAACGCGGUGUAUGUAGCAGUGUGCAAUUAGGUUUAAUUUCCUUUUUUGCUCAUUUUUUUUUCUUACUACCUGUGUAUAUAAAUAUAUAUUUGUUCCUUUUCAUAUGUAGCACAUAAUUAGUAUUAUGUUUGAAAAAUCUAUUUUUUUUUUUUUGAGGUGUGAGUUUGGUUUGACUUGAAGAGCCGCCAUUGCCGUGUGUAGAUUAUUUCCGAAAUGCUGUUUAUUAUUUGACGUUUUGAAGACGGUGUGCCUGUUUUCAUAUUGGUGGUGUGUAAAAAAAAUAAAAUAAUCAUUUUUCAGAUGAGGUACACAAAAUACCAGUUCUUAUUGAAGGGAUCCGGUUGGAUCUGAACAUCUCAGCCUGUUUUUUUUUUUUUAAGGUGAUGUAAAAGUUCAAACUCUGAGGUCAAACCUUUGUAGCAUCGACCAGUAUUACUAUCAGGCACUUCCACGGAGGAGAAACAUCUCUCACCCUCGUAAAUUAUUUCUUUUUUAAGAUGUUUCUCGAUCAUCUAUAAUUUGAGUGAAAUUUUCUACUGAUAUUUUUUUGACUUUGACUCGAUCACCCUUGAUUUUGCCUUGUUUUUUCACUGCAGAAAUUAAACGAACCGAAUGCAUCUAAAACACUCUACAAAUAUAGAUUCUGUGGUGAAACCUGAUGCAUGACUGUAUUUAUAGAGAAAGUAAAUAUUAAUAUUUGAACAAUUUACACUGCCUGUGUAUUUGUGUACAUAACUUUGUAAAAACACUGAGAAAAUUAAAACUAACUUAUUUAUAUCAAGCUUUUUUUUUCGAAAUUAAAAGUCAAGGUUUGAGUCAUUAUUUUUGUAAAUGCCUUUUUUUUGGUAGCUUUCUUUCUGUUUUUUAUUUUGUUGUAAUAUUAUUUUAACAAAUUGUAAAAGGUUGCCAACUGAGCCUGAUUAAAAUAUUUGAUAAGUGCUUUUUUGUUAUGUGUGGUUAUACAAUGUGCUGCAAUCAAUUAAAAGAUAAUUAAAUUAUUUCAACCCA